AUGACGUCGUCAUUAGCAGAGCAUCCAGACCGGGCCCGCCCCGCAGGCAACGAAGGCCAUCAACAACAAUCGCAACAGCCCAAACCUCGUCGCGAGGAACCGGCACCACGCCUCAGUACCGGUCGUCGUGACGGUGCGAGCGAAAACACAAACCAGCAAUUCUUCAUUGGCGAGCAGUCGCCGCUGCUCUCUCCGGUCGAUAACCAGGAUGGCUCCUCCAGCGAUCCAGGUGCCGACUCGGCCGACGAGUUCCAAACCACAAAGAGCGCAUGGUAUAUGAUCCUUUUGACCAUCAGCAUCGGCGGUCUGCAGAUUGCCUGGUCGGUUGAGAUGUCCAAUGGAUCCCCAUAUUUGCUUUCUCUCGGUAUCAGCAAGUCUUUGAUGGCUUUGGUUUGGAUCGCUGGUCCCCUCUCGGGCACAUUGGUGCAACCAUAUGUCGGCAUGAUGAGUGACAACUGUCGCAUUCGCUGGGGCAAGCGCAAGCCCUUCAUGCUUGGAGGUGCUGCUGCCACUAUUGUCUCGCUGAUGUUCCUUGCCUGGACCCGAGAGAUUGUUACUGGCAUUCUCGGGCUCUUUGGUGCCGACCCUCAGUCCGACGGCGUCAAGUUUUGUGUUAUCUGCACCGCCGUGCUCUGGAUCUAUAUUCUUGAUUUUGCCAUCAAUACUGUCCAAGCAGCGAUCCGCGCCUUCAUCGUAGACUGCGCGCCUACUCACCAGCAAGAGAUGGCAAAUGCUAUGGCAAGCAGGUUCGUAGGUAUCGGCAAUAUUUGCGGUUAUCUCGCCGGAUACGCCCACCUCGCCACCACCUUCUGGUGGCUUGGAGAUAGUCAGUUCAAGGAGCUCUGUGGUAUUGCCAGCCUUGCCCUCGGUAUCACCGUUCUCAUGACUUGCCUUCUCAUCAAGGAGAGGGAUCCAAGACUCGAGGGUCCUCCAGCAAAGGAUAAGCCUGGGGUGGUUGCCUUCUUCAAGAAGAUUUUUACAUCGAUCAAACGCCUGCCGCCGCAAACCAAGAAAGUCUGCCAAGUUCAGUUUUGCGCCUGGAUUGGUUUCUUCCCCAUGCUCUUCUAUACUUCCUCGUAUAUCGGAGAGAUCUACGCUGAUCCCUUCCUCGAGGAGAACCCAAAUAUGACUGACAAGGAGCUCGAUGAGUUGUACGAGAGGGCAACACAGGUUGGCACUUUCGCCUUGCUCAUUUUUGCCAUUACAAGUCUGGCCACAAACGUCUUCCUGCCAUUCUUUAUCGCGCCCACCUACGACCAACCAGCGGUUACGGCCGAUGCCCCUGGCGAGGCUCCUUCAGUAAUUAACGAUUACGAGCCCGAACAGAGGUCAUGGACCCAUCACCUUAUCAUCCCCGGAUUUACACUUCGUCGUGCCUGGAUGUUUUCGCAAAUCCUGUUCACCGGCAGUAUGCUCUGCACUGUUUUCGUACGAACCGUCACAGCAGCCACCGUACUCAUUGGUCUCGUCGGUAUCACCUGGGCUUUGACACUAUGGGCACCCUGGGCAAUCAUUAGCGCUGAAAUAUCUCGGCGUGAUGAGGAACGGCGAACUCAGCAACAGCGCCUUUCACCUAGCCGCCUCGACACCUUGGAUGGAUACUCGUCGGAUGACAACCAGGACAGCGACCUCGGUAAGGACGAGGAAGAAGCCGCCGACCAGGCCGGUGUGAUCCUUGGUAUUCACAACAUGGCUAUUGCUGCACCGCAGAUCAUUGCUACGGUGGCAAGCAGCAUCAUCUUCCGUCUCUUUCAGAAACCACGGGGAACGCCAGGUGACCACAGUAUUGCCAUUGUUCUGGCUCUCGGCGGUAUCACGGUCUUAAUCUCGGCCCUCUUCAUCCAUCGUAUUCGGGACGAGCCUACUGUUGCUUAUGACGAAAUAAGUGCGGUGGAAGAGGGAGAUGCUGCUCCGAGACCGAGCGUACAUAGUCGGAGCCGCUCCUUUGAUCAACCUCCUCGAGCGAGCCUCGAGCGUGCAACCCUUGUCCGGAAUAAGAGCUUCGGUGGCAUGGAGUAUUAA